AUGGGAUGUGAUGGUGGAACGAUCCCCAAAAGACACGAAUUAGUGAAGGGUCCCAAGAAAGUCGAGAAGGUUGACAAAAAUGCUGAAUUGGCCGCCAAAUGGAAGUACUGUGCCCUAAGCCAGGAGAAACUCAAGCGUCCAAUCGUCUCCUGUGAAUUGGGAAAGCUAUAUAACAAAGAUGCCAUCAUUGAAUACCUUCUGGAUAAGUCUGCUGAAAGACCCAACACCGAUGCUGUCACACAUAUCCGAGGAACCAAGGAUAUAAAAGAGCUGAACUUGACAGAUAAUCCUGAGUGGGAGGGCGAGAGAAGGAACACUAAAGGAGACCGAUACGAGGACAUCUAUUGCGGGAUGUUUAUUUGCCCAGUUGUUGGGCUGGAGAUGAACGGCAAGCACAGGUUCUGUUACCUAAAGACGUGUGGUUGCGUUUUCUCGGACCGUGCCCUGAAGGAGGUUAAGACAGAAAUUUGCCACAAGUGCGGCGACCCCUUUCAGAAAACUGACAUCGUCGUGUUGAACGGAACCAAGGAGGAGGUCGACAAGCUGAAGGAGAAUAUGGAGGAGAGGCGAGCCAAAGCCAAAACUAAGAAAUCAAAGAAGAGUAAAGCUGCUGAAAGUCUGUCGGCGCCAUCAGAUGCAAAAGGUUUGUCAAAACCUAAGCAAGGAAAAGCGGGAAAUCACCAUAGAGAUAAAAGGCAGCGUAAAAUGAAAGCAGCCCCAAAAAAUGAUGUUUCCUCCUCCAUGUUUGACGGAAGCUCCAUCAACGGCGACAGACAUUUGACGGCCGCGUCCAAGCGAUCCAUCCAAGAAAUGGAGGAGAAAUCGGAGGCCUUUAAGUCCAUCUUCACCACCCACAGCUCGGCCAAGCGCACCAAAGAUCAGACCUCUAACUGGGUCACCCACACGCCGUACCACUUUUAG